CUAAAGGGGGUUUGAAAAAAAAAAACGGCUAAAAAUAAAAAGGGGGGAAAAUAUAUGUCCCUGCCCCUCCUGCUUUCUUUCUCCACAAAGAAAUCAUUUGAGCUUCCUACCGCAGCAGCCUGAACGGGGACGUAAAUAGUUUCAGCACCAUGUGGAUGUGAUUUUAGCCCAACGAGAAGGAGAGAGAGAGAGAGAGAGAGCAGACUCUCUCUCUUUUUUUUUUUUUACAAAAAAGCUUUUAAGACUUUGUGUUUUUAUGGGUCACUCCCUGCCAUGUGGUGCACGAACAUGACGGAGAAACAUCAGCAAGCCGAGCUCGACUGAAAGUUAAUGUGGAGGAGCGAUCCUGACUCGUCGGAGUGAAAGUCUUUUGGGAGAGAAGGCAUGGGAUCCGUACCGGCGCCCCACGCGCUGAGCUUCGUCCCCUUCGUCACCCUCAUCAUCAUCAUCUUCACCCUGGCGGAGGCUGACGACGUGAUAACGAAGGAGGAACAGGUCUCCAUCAUCAUCAAAGCCGGGAACGAGUGCAAGAGGUCCAUAAAGUCCAGUCAGAAAACAGCUGAGGGUAACUGUGUCCCUGAGUGGGAUGGCAUUGUGUGUUGGCCUGAUGGACCUCCAGGAGGAAUGGUGGCUGUUCUCUGUCCUAAGUAUGUCUACGACUUCAACCACAAAGGCCGUGUCUACAGGAAGUGUGAUGUGAAUGGCAGUUGGGCGGUCACUGCAAAGAACAAGACAUGGGCAAAUUACAGCGAGUGUUCAAAGUUCAUCCCACCCUACGAUAUACACCCUAAUGGGCCCGUGUUUGACAGACUGUACCUGAUUUACACCAUCGGAUACUCCGUCUCAUUCAGCUCGCUUAUGGUGGCCGUCGUCAUCCUCGGAUAUUUCCGACGUCUGCACUGUACGAGGAACUUCAUCCACAUGCAUCUGUUCGUGUCGUUCAUGCUGCGAGCCGUCAGCAUCUUCGUUAAAGACGUUGUUCUGUAUUCGGGGUCGACUCUGAACGAGACUUACGGUCUGCGAAUCACAGUCGAGGAUCUCAAGUCCAUCACCGAAGCCCCUCCCACCGACAAAAACAAGUUUAUCGGCUGUAAGAUCACCGUCACGCUCUUCCUGUACUUCCUCGCGAGUAAUUAUUACUGGAUCCUGGUGGAAGGCCUUUACCUCCACAGCCUGAUCUUCAUGACCUUCUUCUCUGACAGGAAGUACCUCUGGGGCUUCACUGUCCUUGGCUGGGGCAUUCCUGCUAUAUUUGUGACCGUUUGGGCCAGUCUUCGAGCCACACUUGCUGACACAGAGUGCUGGGACCUGAGUGCUGGUAAUCUGAAAUGGAUUGUACAGAUCCCCAUUCUAUUAGCCAUUGCGAUUAAUUUCCUGCUCUUCUUGAACAUUAUCCGGGUUUUGGCCACGAAGCUGAGGGAGAGUAACGCCGGCCGCUGCGACAGCAGACAGCAGUACAGGAAGCUGUUGAAGUCAACGCUGGUGUUGAUGCCGCUGUUUGGCGUACACUACAUCGUGUUCAUGGCGAUGCCCUACACGGAGGUGUCCGGAGUGCCCUGGCAGAUUCAGAUGCACUGCGAGAUGCUCAUUAACUCCUUUCAGGGCUUCUUCGUUGCGAUUAUUUACUGCUUCUGUAAUGGAGAGGUCCAGGCGGAGAUUAAGAAGUCAUGGAGCCGGAGGACGCUGGCGUUGGACUUUAAGCGUAAAGCACGCAGCGGUAGCAGCACGUACAGCUACGGCCCCAUGGUUUCCCACACCAGCGUGACUAACGUGACGUUGCGGCAGCGUGAUGUCAGCAUGCGCCUCACGCCCGCUAACACUAACUCGAGCACCAACGGGCACCGAAACCUUCCGGGCUACGUAAAGAACGGCUCGGUGUCGGACCAGUCCAUACCAUCGUCCGCUCAAGAACUCCACGUGCAGGAAGACGAGUCAUCCAAGAUGGCCACGGACGAAAAACCUGCCCCGUUAGUCGAGGAAGAGCGGGAAACUGUUAUGUGACUUCCAAAAAAAGUUUAGGAUCUGCUCUGGAGGAGGAGCUUGCUAGUUUUGCUGAAUCAGCUAACAGGUUAGCGUUUACAGGCUAACCCAGGAGCUCUGGACCACCAGCCAGAUCCUCAUCACAGGAUUUUCAUUGUUAUCAGAUGAAGAUUAUAUUUAAUGUGUAAAAUAUUUUAUAAAUAUAUUCUGUAUAGUGAAAUGUGUUAUUACAUGGUGUUUUUUGUUUGUUUGUUUGUUUGUUUUUUAAGAAAAAAAAUCAGGUGUUUUUAUGUUUUUUUUGAUUGUUCUUGUACUUCACACUUAAGUUCAAUAUUUUACAGAAUCCUUUUUGUGUUUAAUUUUUUUUAGGAAAUUAUGACCUUUCGUACUUUUUGAAUUAACAAAAAAUGUGGUUAAAUUCAGGUUAAUGGAAAUCGCUAGCGAGCCUCCCACACGAGUUUAACACUUCACACAGAACAUGUGACUUCUUCAGGACUACACAAUUUAACAAAGUUCAUCUCAUUCCUCGAUUCAUUUUCCUGUGCUGUGUAGCCGUUAGCAUGCGCGUGUCCUUACUUCUCGCUACAUCGACUUUGCUUAGCAGUAAAACACUGGCUUGCUAAUUUUAUCUUUAGUUUGAAAAUGUUUGCUAUAUUUUGCUACAUACAGGAAAAAUGUAUGUACGUUUGUGCCAUGACCUCACUUCCUUUCAAAGAUUAUUUUUUUAAGAAUUUUUAAAGAAACAGGAAAUAAGCUCACAGGAAGAAACAAGACACAGCUAGUCAGCUAGAGUAACUGUCUCAAGUAUACAGAACCUAGCAUGCUAGUCGCUGAGUGACCAAAUAAAAAAAGUGAUGCUAACUUUAAUUCUUUAACAGAUAUCUUGUCACAUAGCAAGCUAACUUAGCUAAAUAUUUACCCCCUGAGCAAUAGUUAGCACUUACUGUAACUAACUGAUUUAGCAAAGAACUGGAACUGAAUAUUUUAAAUGAAAAAUGUAAUGAAUUCUUGUGUUUUAUAUAAUUUUUAAUUGUGGAUAUUUGCACAUUUCUGUGUAUUUAUUCGAUUAAUUCAGCGUACAGUACUUUCACCGUUUAGAUAUCAUUUAUCGUUUAAAAGUUUGUGAUGUUUUCCCGUUUAGCAGAAUGUCCUUCAUCUCAAAUUAUGACUUCUGUUUAUUUAUUAAAGUUUUAAAACUGUAUUGCAAACAUGUUAUGUGUAAUUCCACUCAGUGUCUAAAAGUGUGUUAAUGUUUGUAUUUGUGUAGGUCAAAAUGUUUACAAUAAAAAAAAUAACCAGAAAAA